UCGGCGGCUACGCCCGUUGAGAGAGCGCCUCCCGACGCCAUGUUGGUCCGGCGGCAUAGGUGACGUUCGUUUGCGGCCAAUUUGAAAUAAGCGUGCGUCGGGCGCUCACCGGUCGGCAUGGGGUGGUCCCAACUGUCUCUGGGCCGCAAGGCGGGCUACCUGUUCGCGGCCCUCAGUCUCGUGCUCGUCUUCAUCGCAUUCACGACGCCUUACUGGCUCGCCUCGGACCCGCGCGUGUACAGCGCGCAGCUCCUGCAGCUCGGCCUGUGGGAGACGUGCUUCCGCAGCUUCGCCGACCCCAGGGACCUGAAUAUGGAGAAGUACUACGUCGGAUGCCGGUGGAUUUUCGCGUACGAGUACAACACGCUGCGGGACUUCAUCGAGAUCCCAUUCUUUGUGGCGGUCCAAGUCUUCUUUACCAUCGGCUUCACGCUGCUGCUCCUCGCCUGUGUCCUGCUGCUGGCCAUGCAUAUUUGUCUGCCCUCAGCAAGAACUCUGCAGUUGCUCAAGAUUGUUAUCGCCCUACUUGUGGCAUCAGCGGUGUGCAACACAAUCGCAGUCAUAACGUUUGGCGCACGUGGUGAUGGCCGUGAUUGGAUGCCGGACCCUGACCACAACUUCUUGUCAUGGUCCUUUGCCCUGGGUGUGAUAGGGGCUUUCUGCACCUACGUUUCGGCUGUGCUCUUUGCUGUGGACAGUCGACGCAUGGCACGCAAACUGGACGAACAAGAGCACCAGCAACAAGCCUUUGGCAUGAAUCCAACACACACCAUGGGUGCGCCACCCCAGACUCGUGCCUGAAAACAUCAGUGACUUUGCUCGCAUACAUUCGUGUGAGUGGAAAGGGAACAGUGCCUGGCAAUGCAGUGACAGCCAACGAGGACACUUGAUUGGUUGGCUUCAAGGCAUCUUUGUGGUGCAUGUGUUGCUGAAACAGGCAAUUCAAAACUGGAUUCCUCGGUUCUUCAGCUCAGUGCAGUGUUCCCUUGCUCUGUUUUAUUUGAUUUGCAUAACACAAUGGCAGUGUAUAGCGCAUGAAUAUCUUGAGCAGCAUAGCUUCAUCUCGGCUUACAGCAGCUGACAAUGACCAAAUCAACCCUAAGGAAGGGCUCAGCAGAUGUGCCACAAUUCGUUAGCAGAUUGAAUAGAGGCCUAGAUUAAAUUAUUUCUCUCAUAAUGAUGUUUAAAUAUGUAUUAGCACAUGAAACAACCUGCCUAACUCGUAAACAACAGGAUGCUCAGUCUGUCAUCAUUGAAACAGUUAAAGAAUGCUCAAAGGAUUCAAAUGAAAUGUAGAAUGCUUUGUGCUGUAAAAUUUUAAAACCACUUGUAAAGCUUGAGGUGUUCUGUGGAGCUGUCAAGUUUGUGGAAACCACAGUAAGACUUGCUGCGAUGUAAACUUGUACCCGAGUGAAUUUCUACGAUCCACUUUCGUAUUUUCUAGAGUUUCAUCCAUUAAAAAAAGCGAGAAAAUUCGUAGUGGAUAUUUAUCGUUGUUUUUUUGUGGUGCUUUUUACAGCUUUUCUAUACCUCAGCAAACUUGGUGGUUCAUUCAUGAUGAACUAGGCUCUGAAUGGGGGCAUAGUUAUUUGCAAUUGACGUUCCUCAAUUCUCCAAGUUAUAGAAAUGUAGUAAAGAAAGGUGGUGCUUUGAGAGUUGGAAAACCCUACAGAAUCUUUUUUAGACGUUAGUAGAUACAUUGCACGUAGGUUCACUGUGUCACAAUAACCAAUGCACCACUGUGAGCAGGGAAGUAAUAAUUAUUGUGACGUAUUUUAAGGUUGGAAGGCUCCAAUCAUCAUGUAAUAACUUGGAGACUUGCGUCAUUCCAAAAGGAAGCACUAUUCUUCGAGAAAAGUGAUGUCAUAGAUAUUCACCCUGCUUUAUGAUCUGACCUUAUGAUUCUAAAAUUUAAUGUGAAAAGGUACUUUUUAUGGUGUCUCAGAUAUUUUACACAAAUUAUGUAACAUUGUUUUACCUGUUUAUAUGUCAUUGACAUAUAAUACAUAGUAUAUCUAUGGGGAACUCAUCAUAUUUUUCCUGAGUUCAGUUUUUAAUCUAGGCAUUUCUUACGAGCACUAACACAUCACUGUCCGUGGUGCUUACUUAUAAAGGAAAUUUCCAGCAAAAGAAGGAAGCGUUUUCCCACAUUGUGCAUCGGCUUAUCUUUGAAGGCUCCUUAUUUCCAGAAGUAGUAGUGCUAAUGUGCUGACGAAUAACUCAUUCUUACAAAGACAAUGUGAUGCUAAGUGCUCUAAAAGAAUCUUCACACAGUGCAUUUUGUCUGCAAAGGAAUCGCAUGGUCUAGUUAUCAACUUGUUCCGCUGUUUGGGCUUUGCCUAAAAAGGCAUGCAUAAAAAUCGUGAUGAUAAACACUGUAGCCUACCAUGAAAAAAAAAAACAAGAAAUAAUGUAUGAGAUUAUUUGGCCAAAGUUCUGUAUGUCAUAUCAGAAGCAUUCUGGAUGCCAGGUAACUUAGUGUGGCAUCCCCACUUCAGAUUAUGCCAGCUUAACACAGCUUUGCUUUUAAAUAGUCCUAGAGUCUCUAAAAGUAUAUAAUUUGCAGCUGUGAUGACCUGCAGAAUUUCGUGGCCAGCACUCGGUCUCUAAAAGCACAGUGAUGUGAUGGAGAUAGAAUUCCUUUGUAAGACUACAUUAGGAUAUGCCUUCACACGUACUACCAAGACGGUGUCCUUCACUACCUUAGCUACUAGCAUCCUUGCAUUCCAACUACAAGUUAUUUCUGUAGGCAUAAUUUCUUUGCUAUUUCUGCAGCACAGCAACAAGUCUUGUGCUUUGGAACAUUCCAGCUUGCAUUCCUUUUUUAACAAAGUCAAAUUAGCGCAAAUGAAGACGGACAGAAAGCCGAGGCACACAAGGACAGGCACUGCUACUGAUGCCUGUUUAUUGUGAAAAAUGCCCACUUAAAUAUAUACAUUCUGUCACGCAUGCGCCAUGACACGGCAUGAAAACUAUGAUAUAAGAAUGGCCCAAUCUUUGUCAGCGCAGCUUCAAUAGGACUGCAUUCUUCAGAAUACGCUUUAAUGCAAAGCGCUCUUUGAUCUGUGGUUUUAUCAUGUUACUUUCUGAGGUGUUUUCAUGAUGUGUCACGGCGCAUGCACGACGGAGUGUUUCGGUGGGAGUUGUCAUUUGCACCUGUCCCUGUCUGCCAAGUUGUCAUUUGUGCUAAUCUCAGUUUGUUGAAAUGCCGGACCAACCAGCACAACAGUCUGGCCUACUGCAGAUUACAUUCCAAUGUGGUGUUUUACUCUACAUGCAAAUGUCCAACUAGUGCACUACCUGUCGUGUUGUCAGGGCGCCCACACACAUUUUAUCUUGCACUUCCGUCCUGCUGGUAUGAUUUGCUCUGUGAUUUCUAAUUUGAAUCUCAGCCUGAUUGUGUCAUGUCAAUCCAGCUUCGUCUUUUUAUGGCAACCCAAUAUUACCAUUAUCGGGUGGCCUUUGUUCUCCUGAGCUUGUCGGACUGCAACUACUUUGAGUUGAAAAGCAGAGUGAUUUCUUUAUACUGUUCCAUUGAAGGAUGUUCUGGACAAGCAAUUCCACAGGAAAUGUGCCUCACUGCCCUAUCCGUCCAUUAAACUCUGUGCCUGCAUGUAAUCAAAGGCUCUAUUUUUGAACGUGUUCAGAGUGUGUGCGUGCCAAUGUGCUUUUAUAUAGUAGGUUGUGGCUGGUGCCAUGCUGCUAGAGCUUUUUGUAGCAGAAAAAUUUACACAAGUUGUGCACCAUUCUUGCACAGUGAUUAUCCCUGCAGUUUUGUUUCUGUGGGAACCAUCUGUAAAUAAAAUAAAUAUUGUGCCGCCUGUUGUUUUUAUGUUGCCGCCACCUCAUGUGAAAUUUUAGCGGAAGCAUUGCUCAAAGCAAGAAAGAAUGCCUUCAUGUCCGCACUGGGUUGUGUCUUGAGAUGCACUUGUCAUAAACUUGUAUGGCCGUGGUGCUUGUCUCAAAUCAUUGUGCUGGCACGUGAUGUAUUGUUUCCCCUGUUUCUGCAGAAUAAAGACGUGAUGACAAGCA